AUGCGUGAGUGUAUCUCUAUCCAUGUAGGACAGGCUGGUGUCCAGAUUGGCAAUGCCUGCUGGGAGCUUUACUGCCUGGAGCAUGGGAUCCAGCCAGAUGGCCAGAUGCCGAGUGACAAGACCAUUGGAGGAGGAGACGAUUCCUUCAACACUUUCUUCAGUGAGACUGGAGCUGGAAAGCAUGUCCCCAGAGCUGUUUUUGUGGAUUUAGAACCCACUGUCAUAGAUGAGGUGCGUAACGGGACCUACCGCCAGCUGUUCCACCCUGAGCAGCUAAUCACCGGCAAGGAGGAUGCUGCCAACAACUACGCCCGUGGACACUACACUAUUGGAAAAGAGAUCAUUGACCUGGUUCUAGACAGGAUCCGCAAACUGUCUGACCAGUGCACCGGCCUCCAGGGUUUCCUGGUUUUCCACAGUUUUGGUGGAGGCACUGGCUCCGGGUUUACCUCCCUGCUGAUGGAACGUUUGUCUGUUGAUUACGGCAAGAAAUCCAAACUGGAGUUUGCAAUUUACCCGGCUCCACAGGUUUCCACUGCAGUGGUGGAGCCCUACAACGCCAUCCUGACCACCCACACCACCCUGGAGCACUCCGACUGUGCUUUCAUGGUGGAUAAUGAGGCCAUCUAUGAUAUCUGCCGCAGGAACCUCGACAUCGAGCGCCCCACCUACACCAACCUGAACAGGCUCAUUAGCCAGAUUGUGUCCUCCAUUACUGCUUCUCUUCGUUUCGAUGGUGCCCUCAAUGUUGAUCUGACGGAGUUUCAGACCAAUCUGGUGCCUUAUCCUCGUAUCCACUUCCCACUGGCCACCUACGCCCCGGUCAUCUCUGCUGAGAAAGCUUACCACGAGCAGCUCACAGUUUCAGAGAUCACAAACGCCUGCUUCGAGCCGGCUAAUCAGAUGGUGAAGUGUGACCCUCGGCACGGUAAAUACAUGGCCUGCUGCCUCCUGUACCGCGGUGACGUGGUGCCCAAGGAUGUCAAUGCCGCCAUCGCUACAAUCAAAACCAAGCGCACCAUCCAGUUUGUGGACUGGUGCCCCACCGGCUUCAAGGUUGGCAUCAACUACCAGCCACCCACUGUGGUUCCUGGGGGCGACCUGGCCAAGGUCCAGAGAGCCGUGUGCAUGCUGAGCAACACUACGGCUAUUGCUGAGGCCUGGGCCCGGCUCGACCACAAGUUUGAUCUGAUGUACGCCAAGCGGGCCUUCGUUCACUGGUAUGUGGGGGAGGGCAUGGAGGAGGGGGAGUUCUCCGAGGCCAGGGAGGACAUGGCAGCUCUGGAGAAGGAUUACGAAGAGGUCGGGCUGGAUUCUGUUGAGGGAGAAGGGGAGGAGGAAGGAGAAGAGUAUUAGGACGAUCAUAAAGGGACCUAACAGGAAUGUCUAAGCUUCCAGAUGUUCUCCAGUCUGUCCUUAAUGGGGAUGUUUUUGCAGUUGGAUCUAAGUAUGUACACUGUUAUACUAUCUCAGUGGUAUGGAAAGUUGAGUUACUAAUAAAUAUUUCAGCAUGCACAUUUGUCACGUUUAUUUACUUUUUCUUUAAGAGCUGUGAAUAUCAGACUAUAAAUUCUGGUCAAAUAACAUCAUUCAGAUUCGAAUGGGACAUCUUCUCUGGCAACAUUACCUUUGGCUUUGUAGAAUAAAAAAAUAAAAUAAUCUACUUAAUAUUGACAAUCAGGAUUUAUC